AUGAAGUUAGCUUUUAAGUGUAUGCUUACACCGCGAUUAUAUAAAAUUUAUCGAGAUGGCCCUAAAGAAAGCAUGUAUGAGCCUCAAGGGCUGGAGAAAUGGAGUGACAAAGUAAUAUCAACAACAAACACUCUGUUCAACAUUGGUCUCUACACCUCGCCCUUCAUCUGUCUGUACGUGUACCGGCGCGGUUUCUUCUCUUCCGACGAGGCGCGUUUCCUGAUGCGAUGUUUUUGGGGCCUGGGCGGUCUAUUCGCAUUUUGCUACAUCGUGCGAGGCAUAGGACGCGCUGCCAAUCCAAAAUACGUCGCCUUCGUCAAUGCUUUGUCCACACCUGCCAGUGAUAAACGCAAUCUCCUCGAAAAUGUCAGGCGUUACGAUUUCGAUUUUAAAUACUGGCCAAUAAGUUAUACCGUAAACUCCCGUGCCAUAGUACCUUGGUUCCGGAAUCCUUUCAGCCGUACAGCCAAUCCCGACCUCCCUGUGUACCAGCGCAUUGGCAUCCAGUUCUUAGCGUACAUGGCCACUCACACAUUCGGUCUUCGCUUAAUAUACCCUGGCUCCGUAUCGCUCAUCAAUCACCUUCUUUCAACCGAGCUUUUCAAAGGUAGAACCUUUUUGGUGGAGAAUUUCAACGGUUUACGGGCGAAGAUACAGACCGCUGAUACGAACACUAUUGAUACAAUGUUCAUUGACAAUCGCGUUGAACAUCCGUCAAGAGGCAAAAUCCUAGUGAUAUGUUGCGAGGGUAACUCGGGAUUUUAUGAAAUAGGUAUUAUGACUACUCCGGCGAAAGCAGGGUAUUCCGUGCUUGGAUGGAAUCACCCAGGGUUCGCGGGAAGUACGGGACGUCCUUAUCCUGAUCAAGAACAUAACGCGAUUGAUGCGAUUAUACAGUACGCUAUAACGGAACUUGGUUUUAAACCAGAAGACAUCGUUAUGUACGGUUGGAGUAUUGGCGGUUAUUCCGCUGCGUGGGCAGCAGUGAACUAUCCCACGAUUAAGGGCUUGGUAUUGGACGCAACUUUCGACGACUUACUGCCGCUAGCGGAGAAUCAGAUGCCCGCCUCUUGGUCCCUCCUUGUGAAGGAAGUUGUCCGCAGCUACGUGAAUCUGAACGUAGCCGAGUGGGUGGUAAAAUACAAUGGGCCGGUGCAACUCAUCCGCCGCACCGAUGAUGAAAUCAUUUGUCUCAGACAGGGUCAACUAGCCAGCAAUCGUGGUAACAAUCUCCUUAUAAAACUGGUGGAAAAUCGCCACCCUAGUAUGAAUUCGAACACACGGGAUGCACUGCAUCGACUCGUGUCGCUACAAGAGGCUCAACGUGCCUCUCUUAUCUACACUAGUGUUAACGAGUAUGAGCUACGAGCGCUUCGGCUGAUCGGAACUUACCUGCGUGACUAUAAAUCUACCCAUUGCGUUCCACUUUCAGCGCAGCACUUCGAAAGCGUAAUGGAAGUAAUAACGGCCAAAACUAAAGAUUAA